GAAGACGCCAAUGGCUGCACCAAAUCCAGAAAAAACCCUCCAGGAUGAAGCCACAUGUUCCAUCUGUCUGGAUUACUUUCAGAAUCCAGUGAUGAUCAUAGAUUGUGGGCACAAUUUUUGCCAAGACUGCAUUGCCCAGUGCUGCGAAGGGUCCAUUGUCAAUGUGUUCUCCUGUCCACAGUGCAGAAAACCCUUUCCCUGGCAAAACCUCCGGCCAAACAGGCAUCUGUGGAAUAUUGUGGAACUGGCCAAGCAGUUCAGCUUGCGGUGGGCAAAUGAAGCAGGAGAUCAGAAGUUGUGCAAGAAACACCAGGAGCCCUUGAAACUCUUCUGUGAACACGAUCAAACUUCAAUCUGUGUGGUUUGUGAUAGGUCCAUGAUGCAUAAAUAUCACAGCGUGAUUCCGAUAGAGGAGGCUACUCAGGUUUACCAGGAGAAAAUACAUCACUGUUUGCAGACUCUGAAAGAAGAGAGACAUAAGAUUUUAUCCUUUAAAUCAGAUGCAGAAAAGCCAUCCCAGGAGCUGCUGAUAGAAAUGGAAGCUGAGAGGCAGAAGCUUUUGUCAGGAUUUCAGCAGCUCCGCCAGUUUCUUGAGAAAGAAGAGCAGCUCCUGUUAGCCCGUCUGGAAAAGCUAGAGACGGAGGUUGAAAAGAGGAAAGAAGAGCAUGCCACCAAAUUUUCUGAGGAGAUUUCCCAUAUCAAUGCCUUAAUUAGCGAGCUGGAGCAGAAGGGCCAGGAGCCACCAUGUGGGCUGCUAGAGGAUAUUGGAAGUAUCUUUAGCAGGUGCAAGAGGGACAAGUUUGAGCUUCCUACUCCACCAGAUUCUUCAGAGCUUAGUAGAAAGCUCCAGGAAUUCUCCAAAGAAAGUGCAUCACUGCAAGGUGAACUGAGGAAAUUCAGAGAGACUUUAGAUCAAUCAAAGUGGAUAGAUGAGAAUGUGACACUGGAUCCAGAGACAGCUCAUCCUCGAUUUAUCGUGUUUGAUGAUCAGAAAGCUGUUGCGUGGGGAUCUGUCCGUCAGGAGCUGCCCUACAAUGACAGGAGAUUUGUCCCUACCCGCUGUGUGCUUGGUUCUGUAGGAUUCUUCUCAGGGAAGCAUCAGUGGACAGUGGAUGUGGACAAGGGAACUUCCUGGGCUGUGGGCGUGGCCAAAGAAUCCGUGAAGCGGAAAGGGCAGCUCAGUAUUGUCCCUGAGGAGGGAAUCAUGGCUGUGGGUCUUUACAAUGGCCAAUACAAAGCUCUAACAUCACCCCCUACCAUUCUGAACGUAAACAAACAUAUAAAAAAGAUCCAGAUAUGUUUGAACUAUGAAGCAGGAACUGUAGAGUUUUUUGAUUCUGAAGAAAAGAAGCGCCUUGUUCUUUUUACGGUCAAGUUUGUGUCGAAAAUAUUUCCUUUCUUCCGAGUUGGGGACAUGACCACUGUGCUUCGUCUGUGUUAAAUUCUGUUUUCUGUGAGACUUGGGCUUUGCAUUCAGCAUUCCCCCACCCCAACAAAGUAGUAUUGACAUAACUCUAUCCUAAUCCUUGAUACUGAGCGCCAGCUUGGCAAAUACAAUGAUUUUUGAUUUGCCUUUAUUCCCUUAUCAUGGGAGACUUGAAAUGUGUACACCUUUUAAAAUACGUAGUAAAGCUGGCUUCUAUCAAGUUUUUAUCUUUGUGUCUCUUAUGGCUGGAUUUUCUUGUACGUUGGAAUCUGUGUAAAAGUGCAACAUAAUCAUACCUUUUAUCAGCUGUGAAUAGUACAUGUAUUUUAAAUUGUAGCCGCUCAGAAAUACACAGAAGCAGUGACCAGAAAAAGAUGGGGGCCCAGCUUGUAGAUAUUUUGCUGUGAAGUGUGGGACUUGAAAGUAUGUGCAUACAUAUUAUUCACAGUGGAUAUGAGGCAUAUGUAUUUUGCAUUGGGAUAUUUGUGUCCAAUGAAUAGUAUUGUAAGAUAUAGCCAGUAGGCAUGGCUGAGUGCAGCCAGUUAAUCCAAACUAACAUGAGACAAAGCAGUGUUGACAAAAAUUUAUAGAAAAGUGGUAUCUUGUCAUUUUAAUAUGGUAAAUACAGUGAUAAAGUAAAUCCACUUUGUUUUCAGUUGAGAUCUGUUUUGGGUGUGUUUCUUGUAAAUGCCUACAGUCUGGAAAAUAUUUUUUUAACUGAAGACUUUUUUCUGUUGAGUAAGAAUUGAUAUACAUUAGCAUAAGCAUUUUAAGAAUUCUGCAUUUUAUUUUUUUAUAUACAAUACGUGGAUGACAAAUCAUAGAUGAUAGGAAACAUUUAGACACUGGGUUGUCUGAAUUAUUUGCUCUGCCCUAUAUGUGAUUUUCAAAAAUGAAUAAAUACUGACAACUUCUUGUUAAAUAUGUUAA